AUGGAUAACUCCCCGAUAGCUCAGCUCAAGCCUGUCCUCGACCAAGAAUCCCAAGCGAAGCCAAAGAAAGGAGGAUGGAUCACUCUUCCCUUCAUAGCUGCGACCAUGCUGGGGCUGGGGCUGGCCGUUAACGGGACUACCAGCAACAUGCUCGUGUACCUGCUCAAGGAGUACCACGUGGACGGCGUCGAUGCCGCGCAGAUCACCAACAUCGUCCGUGGCUCCCUCAACCUGGUGCCCAUCGCCGGCGCCAUCCUCUCCGACUCCUACCUAGGCUGCUUCCCCGUCAUCCUCGCGGGAGCGGCCAUCAACCUUCUGUCUUUUGUGCUGUUCACGCUCACCGCAGCGCUGCCAUCCUUGCGGCCGCCACACUGCACAUCACUGUCGGCCAAGUGUCAGCAAGCAUCCCCGGGGCAGCUCGCCGUGUUGUACGGUGCCAUCUGCCUUCUCGCCAUUGGCGCUGGCGGGACACGUUUCAACAUCUCGACGAUGGGUGCGGACCAGUUCGAAAGCACGAGCGACAAGGACACCUUCUUCAACUGGUACAUGGUCUUCCUCUACACCUCCUUCAUGCUUGGCGACACAGCCAUCGUCUACAUCCAGGACAGCAUUUCAUGGGCCGUGGGCUUUGGUGUUUGCCUCGCCACUUCGGCGUUGGGCCUGGUCAUGCUUCUUCUGGGCGUACGUUACUACCAGAUGCCGGCAACAAAGGGCAACCCAUACACAGAGCUGGCUCGCGUCAUUGUUGCUUCCGUGCGCAAGGUUGGCAUCAAAGUCGGCGGCGUACACGGCAGUGUGCAGUACAACGUCGGUGCCGGCGCCCUUGUGGACUCGGCCGCUGACGAGGCACCAAGCAAAAACUUAAGAUUUCUGAAUCGAGCCGCCAUGAUCACUGCAAGUGACGACAGCUCCAGGUCCGGAGAUGGAUCAGGUGGUGCGUGGCGGCUGUGCACAGUGCAGCAGGUGGAGGGCCUCAAGGCCCUCCUCAGCAUCAUCCCGGUGUGGUCAUCCGGUAUACUGUUGUUCAUGUCGAUCGGCGUGAUGAUCGGCAUGAUCGUCCUGCAGGCGCUCGCUAUGGACCGCUCCGUUGGACCACACUUCAGCAUCCCGGCGGGGUCGGUCGCCGUCAGCUGUCGCGUCUCGUUCAUCUUGGCCACCCUGGUCCUGGACCGUGUUGUAUUCCCUCUUUGGCGCAGGAUCACCGGUGGCACGCCACCGACACCGCUGCAGCGCGUGGGCAUCGGCCACGUUUUAAAUGUCACUGCCAUGGUCGCUGCCGCACUGGUGGAGCGCCGGAGGCUUGCGCAACCUGGCGUGCCCAUGUCCGUGAUGUGGCUCCUGUUCCCGCUGGGCAUCGUCGGGGUCGGGGAGGCCCUGCACUUCCCUGGGAGCAUGGCUUUCUACUACCAGGAAUUUCCCAACACGCUGCGGAGCCUGGCUACGGCCAUGGCUCCGAUGCUCGUAGCGUUAGGAUUCUUCUCGAGCACCAUGUUUAUGGACGUGGUGACGCGGAUCACGGCGUGGCUGCCGGAGAACAUAGACCACGGGAGGCUGGACAACGUAUACUGGACGCUUGCGGCUUCGGGGACACUCAACCUUGCAUAUUUCCUCGCCUGCGCCAGGCGAUACAAGUACCACAACCGAGCGGCAACAUAG